AACGUCGAACUAACUUGGUAUCUACGACAAUUACUGACAACCUUAGCUGUAAAAGGGUGAAGGGGACGCUUUAAAAACCUUUCAGACACAAAUGUGGAAACUUAAAAAAAUAAUAACAAGUUCACCAUGCGCUUGUCCUGUGUUCUCCUGGCAAAGCCUGUCCUCCAUGGAUACUUCAGAAGCUCCUGCACAUGGAGAGUACGAAUCGCUUUGGCCAUGAAAGGUAUUGAAUAUGACCAAGUGCCUGUCAACCUCAUCAAAGAUGGAGGUCAGCAGCUCACAGAGGAGUACAAGACUUUCAACCCAAUGCAGCAAGUGCCUGCAGUUGAAAUUGAUGGCAUCACCCUCUCCCAGUCAUUGGCAGUGAUCCAGUACAUUGAUGAGACCAGGCCAGGACCUCGCCUUCUGCCAUCAGAGCCAAAGAAACGGGCCCAGGUUCGGAUGAUUAGUGAUCUUAUUGCUUCCGGGAUACAACCUCUGCAGAAUCUACACGUGAUCCAAAAGAUUGGAGCCGAGAAGGUGCCGUGGGCGCAGUAUUUCAUUAAUCGUGGUUUUGAAGCUCUUGAGCCUAUUCUCAAGCAAACGUCUGGAAAAUAUUGCGUCGGUGAUGAGAUAUCCAUGGCUGACAUAUGCCUGGUUCCACAAGUCUACAAUGCAGAGAGGUUUAAAGUGGACAUCAGAUUGUAUCCAACAAUCCACAGGCUAAAUCAAAGCUUACUUGAGAUCGAAGCUUUCCAAGUGAGCCAUCCAUCUUCCCAGCCAGACACGCCUGUUGAACUGAGAGUAUAGCAAACGCUGGGCUGCCACUUCGCACACACUAAAAUAAAAUGCUUUGGACAUAA